GGUUAAAAUCAAAUAUAAAUUAUGUUUUUCUAUAAUGUGCAGGAAGGGGAAAGUGAAGAGUAUGAUUAAGGAAGAACAUGAACCGGGGCAUGAUCCACAAAUUCAAGCUUGGUGAAUGCUUUUUUACUUUGAAGGUUGAUUGGUAAAAUGGAUGGUAAUUCAUUAAAGAGUCAAGCAUUUGAUGAGCCACGUCGAAGGUUAGAUUUUGACACCGAAAUAUAUGUUCAAAAAGCAAGCCAACAAAUAGAUGUCCAAGAAGCAAGUCAACAUGUAUUGGUCAAUGUAGAUGAGAAUUUAGAUGAAGAGCCAGAACUAGGUAUGGAGUUUUCUUCUGACGAGAGUGCAUUUCAGUUUUACAAUCGGUAUGCUAAGAAUACAGGGUUCAGUGCUCGAAGGGGAUGGGUGAAGAAAGCAGAUGAUGAUACCAUCAUACUUAAGAGAAGAUUUUGUUGCUCUAAAGAAGGUAAAAAACGUGACAAAAAACAAGGUGAGCCUCCAAAAUUUAGGCGUCCGAUUACAAGAACUAAUUGCCUAGCAUCCAUGAUGAUUAAGCUUCAGAUGAAUGGAAAAUAUAGUGUGACUAAGUUUGUUGCAGAGCAUAACCAUGAAGUUAUCACACCAACAAAGGUACACAUGUUAAGGUCACACAGAGGCAUGACCGAUGCUCAAAAAGAUGAAGCGGAUAAUGCGGAUGGCUCAGGAAUAAAACCCAGGGAGGCUGUAGAAUAUUUUAGUAGACGAUCUGGAGGUCGAGAGAAUCUGGGUUUCCAAUCCAUUGACUACAAAAAUUACUUGCAGAAAAAGAGAAUGAAAGUGAUGGAAAGGGGUGAUGCAGGGGCCGUUUUACAAUACUUUCAAAAAAUGCAAGCGGAUAAUCCAUCUUUUUUUUAUGCAAUACAAGUGGAUGAAGAUGAUCAGAUCACGAAUAUAUUCUGGACAGAUGCGAUUUCAAUAAUGGACUAUAGUGUUUUUGGAGAUGUGGUUUGCUUUGAUACCACGUACAGAAUAAAUAGUUAUGGACGACCAUUUGCCCCAUUUAUUGGGGUGAAUCAUCAUAAGCAAACUAUAAUAUUUGGUGGGGCUUUGCUAUACGAUGAAACGAUUGAAUCUUUCAAGUGGUUGUUCGAAACGUUUUUGAGUGCUAUGUCUGAAAAACAACCGAUGACAAUCCUUACUGACCAAGAUGCUGCAAUGGCAAAUGCAAUAGCUUCAGUGAUGCCAGGAACAUAUCAUCGCCUAUGUAUUUGGCAUAUCUAUCAGAAUGCUGCCAAACACCUUAGUCAUGUAUUUAAAGGUUCAACAAGUUUCGAACAUGAUUUGAAUAGAUGCAUAUAGGAUUAUGAGUACGAGGAAGAGUUUCUAACUGCAUGGAAUAACAUGAUUUUGAAGUACAAUUUAAUGGAUAACAAGUGGUUACAAAAUCUAUUUAAGGAAAAAGAAAAAUGGGCUUUAGUUUAUGGAAGAAAUACAUUUUGUGCAGACAUGAAAAGCACACAACGAAGUGAAAGCAUGAAUAACUUAUCGAAAAAUUAUCUGAACUCUAAAUACGAUCUUCUGCGUUUCUUCACCCAUUAUGAACGGGCAGUGUCUAGUCGACGAUACAAGGAAUCCAUGGCUGAUUUCAAAAUGAGGCAAAGUACCCCAGUAAUGUUUCUUGAUGUGAAGAUUUUAAAUGAAACGGCAAAGGUAUACACUCCAGAGGUAUUUGAAAUGUUUCAAGAAGAGUAUAAGAAACAUCUUCGUUAUUCAAUUUCUAAAUGUGGUGAAUUUGGCACGAUUGCAGAGUAUUGUGUAUAUAAUGAUAAAGAUGAAAGACGUACUGUUAGAUUCGACUCUUUAGAUGGUACAAUGACGUGUAGUUGCAAGAAAUUUGAGUUUGUGGGGAUCCUAUGUGGUCAUGCAUUGAAAGUUUUAGAUUUUUAUAAUAUAAAAGAAGUUGAUCCUCGGUAUAUUAUGAAAAGAUGGAGAAGAGAUGCAAAAGAAGGUUUUGGUAGAGAUCAUACCAGGGUACCAACAAAAGGCGAGCAUAAUAUUGUUUUAGGUAAGCGGUACAAAUAUUUGUGUAGCAAGCUUCAUAGAAUUGCAGCAAUGGCUGAGGAACAUGAUGAGUUAUUCAAAUUUGCUGAUAAAUACACAGAUAAAUUCCACGAUGAAAUGAUGGAACGUAUGAAAGGGAUGAAGGAACCUCCACUAAGGUCGUCUAAAUCCGUUGAUGAAAGCAUGGAGAUUGAACACGCACAUCAUGAGCCGACUGAAAGUGAAGAGACUAGAUGUGCGCACUCUAGACGAAAUGAAAACGUUGAUACUAAAAGUGCAUGCCAUGAGCCAACUGAAAGCAUAGAUAUAGAAACAACACACCCUGAGCCUAUUGAAAAAGAAGUUACUUUUGUUAAUAGCCAAAGUUCACAAACUGUAAGUGGGAUUAAAGUUAAGCCUCGAGUUAGGGGCAACCGUCGUGUGUAUCAAAAUCCGCUGGAUAAAGUACGGAAGAAAAAAUCUCGUACUGAAUCCGUUCAACCACAAGCAAAUCAAGAGAGACGAGAAACUGCUCAAGCACCAAACAUAAUGCACCCUACUUCAUUUCAACCUUCAAAUUAUUCAAUUCCUUCUCCUGAACUGAGUCAUCUUAAUCAGGGUACACAUAUUGCUGUCAUGAGUCCCUCAGAAGUACCGAUAGGAUCCCAUGUAGGACCCGGUCAUCAUAUGGUGAUUGGCUACACUCCUGCCUCUAGUGGGUCCAUAAAUGCACCACUGGUUCAAUUUCGAUACCAAGCACCUCAUUCUGGCAUGUUUCAACAAAAUCUCUUCAACAUUAGACCACAGACUUCAAUUGGUACCAGUCUGAGUCGUUUUGGAAUACCUAAGAUCGGCCCUAGUGGAUCAAUUAGUGGUCCUUUGGUUGCUUACCAACCAAGUACAAACUUGUAA